CCAUGUGUACAAUACAAAAAGCAAAAUUCUCGAGAUUUCUCAAAUUGUUGGACUGUUGAAACUGUGACUAUUUUUAAUGUAUACGUAAUGCUAAAUUAAUGUUAGAAGUAUUCAAAUUCGGUCAUAUCAUAUAUAUUUUGGUAAUAUAAAAAUUCUCAAUGCACAGUUUAAGUCUCAUUCGAGUGUUCGAGAGGUAAAGAAAUUUUAAGAAACGAGCGCCAAUUCGACUUUAUUCGAGUGUCGAAUGUCAGUUGGAUUUCGAAAUAAAAGUGAAUAUACGAAUUAGCCGACAGAACAGAGAAGCGAUUUAUUUCGCCUUAGCGCCGCAGCUGUUUGUGCCUAUGUAUUUUUGCUUUGUGAGUAAUCACAUCAACUGAAAAUCUUGAAUCGGACCCCCACGCCAAUCGUCGAUUAAAAUAUUAAAGUUUAAACAGAUUUAUAUAAAAACAAUAAUUGUAAGUAUCAAUUUGGUAAAAUUUAACUCAUCAACCAUUAAGACGUAAACGUUCCGAUAUACCAACAAUGGAAUGUAUAUCUGUUGGACAAAGUGUGAAGAUUAAGCGUACAGAUGGUCGUAUACAUCCAGCAGUUGUAUCGAAAAUUAAUGAGAUGGGUAAAUCGAUCACAGUCGAGUGGUAUGAAAGAGGAGAGACAAAAGGAAAAGAAGUCGAGCUGGACGCCAUAUUAAAUUUAAAUCCAGAGAUCUUUAGCGUUGAACAGGAGCAACACUCUGCACCUGAACCAAAAAAGCAAGCUACUUCUGUAUUAAAUAAUAUUAUGAGAAAUCCGACACAAAGUGCGAUUGGUCACCGCACCGGUAGAUCAACUAUAAACUCUACACUAUUAGCAUCCACAUCAGAAGCACAAGAAAAUUUACCACCACCAUCAACUACAGGAAUCGCACGCUCUCGCACGACAAGCAAUACAAACCGAUUAGGCACUGCAAAUCAAUACCCGACCACUAUCAGCGCAACAACAAUAGGACCCAAUACAAAUACCAGUAAUAUGGGACCGCGAAGGUCAUACGUGGUAAAAGAAGUUGAACGUCUUAAAGAGAAUCGUGAAAAACGACGCGCACAACAAGCACAAAUUAAGGAAGAAAAAGUGGCACUAAUGAAUCAAGAUCCUGGCAAUCCCAAUUGGGAGACAGCGCAGAUGAUUCGUGAAUAUCAAGGUAAUCUGGAAUUUAAUCCAUUAAUAGAUGGUCAAGAAUAUGAGGAUCAUCAAAUAACAGUUUGCGUACGUAAGCGACCGCUAAGUAAAAAGGAAGUAAACAAAAAAGAGAUAGAUGUCAUAUCUGUACCACGGAAAGAUACUUUAAUUGUACAUGAACCACGAAAUAAAGUUGAUUUAACAAAAUUUUUGGAAAACCAUAAAUUCCGUUUCGACUACGCAUUCGAUGACCAAUGUGAUAAUGCUGUUGUCUACAAAUACACUGCAAAGCCCUUAGUGCAAACUAUAUUCGAAGGAGGAAUGGCCACAUGUUUUGCCUACGGUCAGACAGGGUCUGGAAAAACACAUACUAUGGGUGGUGAAUUUAAUGGAAAAGUUCAGGAUUGCAAAAACGGCAUUUACGCUAUGGCUGCUAAAGAUGUUUUCGCAUUUUUAAAUAGCCAAAAAUAUCGUAGUUUGAGAUUGGUAGUAUCCGCAAGUUUCUUUGAGAUUUAUAGUGGCAAGGUAUUUGAUUUAUUAUCGGACAAACAAAAACUUAGAGUCCUAGAAGAUGGAAAGCAGCAAGUGCAAGUUGUUGGUUUGACAGAGAAAGUAGUCGAUGGUGUGGAAGAAGUUUUGAAACUUAUACAGCACGGAAACACUGCUCGUACAUCUGGUCAAACUUCAGCUAAUUCCAACUCAUCAAGGUCACAUGCAGUAUUCCAAAUUGUGCUUCGUCCACCUGGUUCAACAAAAAUCCACGGCAAGUUUUCAUUUAUUGAUUUAGCUGGUAACGAACGUGGUGCGGAUACCUCAUCUGCUAAUCGACAAACGCGUAUGGAGGGUGCUGAAAUUAAUAAAUCACUUUUAGCACUUAAAGAGUGUAUUCGUGCACUUGGUAAGCAAUCGGCUCAUUUACCUUUCCGUGUUUCAAAAUUGACACAAGUGCUACGUGACUCAUUUAUUGGUGAUAAAAGUAAAACCUGCAUGAUUGCAAUGAUAUCGCCCGGUUUAAGUUCGUGCGAACACACCUUAAAUACUCUAAGAUAUGCAGAUCGCGUAAAAGAACUUGUUGUUAAAGAUAUAACAGAUAUGUUACGUGAUGAUAAUUGUGAACAAAUUAUAGAAGAAGAUGAGGAUGAACAUGAUGAACAGAAAAGACCUUUGAAUCACAGUAAUCAUAACAAUAAUAAUAAAAAUGGACAAAUUUCUGAAAGUGACUUAGCUCUUUUAAGAUCAUUAAGCGAACAUGAUAUGUCAGAUGAAUUAUUAGUACAACACGCGGCAAUUUCAGACUUACAGCAAGCUGAAGAAAUGGUUGUAGAUCAACAUAGAGCAAUAAACGAAUUUCUUGCACAGUUUUUACCAGAAUCGCUAAGAUUAUAUAAUUUAACCAAUUACGUCGAUUAUGAUCAAGAUGCAUAUUGCAAACAGGGUGAAGCAUUAUUUACACAGCUGGCAGAGUUGGCAACAGGUUGCCGAGAUAUGAUGGCUGACUUUCGAACUAAGCUAGCAAAAGAGGAAAUGCUUUCGUGCACAGUUAAACCACUAAGUAAACGUUAAUUUACAUUCAUAUUGAUUUUUGAUAAUAAUUGAUGAUCCUUUUGAACACAUUAGUUUUAAAACUGGUUGAAAACUAAUUUUUAUACUUUUCUAUUUAAUUUAUAAAUCAGUAGGAGUAUUAUAUAAUUAUGCAUAUGCGGCUGUACGAUAAUAAAAGCCAUCAGUAUGCAAUUCUGUAGUAAAGGAUGCAAUUUAAAAAUAGUAUUUUGGAACGAUGUUUUUGUUUUUCCCAUGAGAUCGCAUAUGCAUGAUUUACUUAUUUUUUUAUUCUGUAACUAAAUGUUUAAUAAUAUGCUUAUA